AGUCUUCAGUUCGAAACCGAGCGCUACGGGUGGGGAAACGAUCGGUUUGUGAUGGUUAAAAAUUGAUAAGUUUAUUUGUAAGUUUGCGGAAAAACUAAAAACGUGUACCAACAGAAGCGGGAUUCAUUCCCUGUCCUGCGGACGAAGUGAUAAAAAAGUACUCCUGGUGAUAGUGCUCCUCAACAACCUAAGAAAUAUGGAGAUUUGUUACAUAAUUUUGGCCAUUUGUCUGGCGGCGUCUUCGGUGCUGAGCGAAACCAGUCUACAAGUUAAAAACCGUCAAAUUUGGAACAAUUUCUGCUCGCCGCAAGUUUUGAACAUUGAUUCUUCCAGGCCGUUGCAGGCUUUCAUGCCAAUAUGCUUCGCCUUUGCCCGCAACAAUGCUCGUUCCUGCUGCGAUAUUGUGGCACAGACGAUUCGCGUUCACCCUACCAUGGAACUGUGUCCAUCCGAUUCCGGAUAUUUAUAUAACGUCGCAGGCUGCGGAGUAGGCUUAUCCGGUCGAGGUUCGUUGACUGAUGAUGGCGUAACUGAAUCCAGCGAUUUCCGCUUUCCUUCCGAAUCUACGCCAGUGAAGCCAUCCGCCAGUGGGACUGCAUAUGAGCUUGUUUUCUCAAAUAAUCCUGGCAAUAAUAUUCGUGUAAUGGUUGCAGAUGCACGACCGCAGGACAAAACCGCAUCGUUCACGAGAAAACCAGCGACACCAACCAGUGACGAUGAUGAUGAUGAAUAUGAACAAGAAGUGCCACCGAUAGUGACAAAUACACCCGGUUAUCGAGCCAUGAAUUUUGCGUUGAGAUUGUUUCAGAAUCUAGAUCGUACCGCUCACAGUAACUCGGUCAUUAGUCCACUAUUGCCCCAACAAUUGCUUUCAAACCUUAUUGACGUAUCAAGCCCAAAAGCACAUCAUCAACUGCAGAGUGCUAUACAGCUGUACCCAGAACAGUUGGAUGUUCUGCAGAGAGCUCUUCAGAAAGCUUCUAGAUCUACGGUCAACACAAUUGAGACCGCCGCCGUAAACUUUGUUGCCAAGCACGUUCGGAUGAACAAAACAUACGAGGAUCUCGUAAAACUUCGCAAUGUGGACGUUCUCCGCGUGGAUUUCUCGCAACCAAGCCAAACCGCUCGAAAAGCCAAUGAUUGGAUAUCGGAGAAGACACACCGGCUAAUCAACGAGAUCAUUACUCCUGGGUCCAUCACUGGUGACACACGACUGCUGCUCGCAAACUCAAUCUUCUUCAAGGGAAAGUGGAAGUACAGUUUCAUCCAAACCGAACCAGGAAACUUUGAAUCUUCGCCGGGAAUCGUUCGUCCGGUGAACAGAAUGUUCCAGCUGAACAAACUGCGCUACGGAAAACUGAGCUUCCCCGAUGGUAACGGUCUCCGCUGGGUGGAACUUCCUUACGAAGGAGAGUCCCUUUCCAUGUUGAUAUUCCUGCCAACCAAGCGCCAUCAGUUGGAAGCUUCGCUCCGUCAGUUGCAAACCGAUGAUCUAGCCAAAGUGAUGGCUCAGAUUCAACAGUCCUAUAUUAACACUAAGGUUGACCUACAUCUGCCACGGUUCACACUGACGGACUCCGUCUCGCUGAUACCAGCUCUGCAGCGGUUGGGAGUAGAUUCGAUUUUCCACGAUCAGGAGGCUCUACCGCAUCUUAUCAACGAGCCAACCGUGGUUUCCGACAUCACUCAACGGUCGUAUCUCAGUGUGGAUGAACAAGGAACAAAGGCCACCUCUGUGGCAUCGUUGUCGAUAGUUACACUCAGCAUUACCCCUCAGUAUCGUGACGUUCAGUUCGACGUGGACGAGCCGUUCUUGGUCAUGAUCGUUGACAAGCAGGAGCGGUAUCCCAUAUUCAUCGGACAAAUUUAUGAGCCUCACGAAUCAUUCCUCACAAUUGCGGUGGCACACCGCGCACGUUAUUCGAAACCGGCUACUGAAGCUGGUGGAUUUCGCGAUGAACGAAACUGCGCAAGUCGUGCUAGCGCCAACGUUUCCGACAAAUGGGAAUGUCUCUGUCAGCAACUCAACUAUGAGCGAGCUACCUGCGAGUCGGAUGUGUUCUUUGUUCUGGAAAACAAUCCGAGCAUAAAACUCUGCACCGACCAACAAAGCUAUUACUUCGGUGCCAACCAGAAGUGCCACUACGAAACUCAGUGGGAAUCUUCUAACGACCCCGCCGGAAAGGCUAUGAACUUCGCGCUCGAUCUGUUCCGCACGGGAGAUCCGAAGAACCCCAACGAGAACUACAUUGUUAGUCCUCUGUCGCCGCAGAUUUUGCUUGCGCAGUUGACCGAUGGUUGCUCAGAACCAGCGCGGGUCGAAUUGAUCAAGACGUUGAAGCUGAACAGCGCCGAGGCGAACGCUUUGGUUGGAAAUCUCGUGGAUGCGGCUAAUAAGGAUUCCAACCUCAACAAGCUCGACAUUGCUUCUGUUUAUUUCAAAUCGAUUCACUUGAAUUUGACGGAAAAAUUCAACGCUGCCCGGAAGGAAAAUAGAAUCAAGAUACAGGAUGUGGAUUUCUCCGAUACGCAACAAGCGGUGCACACAGUCAACGAUUGGGCCAACCAUGCAACGCGAGGAAGCAUUCCGGAAGUUGUGACGGAACAAAAUCUGGACCCGGAAAUAUCGAUACUGCUACUGAAUGCCAUAUACUUCAAGGGAACCUGGCAGUACAAGUUCAAUGAGACCGACACCAAUAAGCACGGGACGUUCGAAGUGACUAAAGAUCAGAGGAUGCCUGUGCAAAUGAUGUCACAGUCUAAUCGGUUGCGUUUCGGUGAGAUCAACCUAGAUCAGUACCCGGACCAUGAAACCAACGGUUUGCGUUGGAUCGAGCUGCCGUACGAUGGCGAUGAACUGUCGAUGAUUCUGCUCCUGCCGAAGACUCGUCAUCAGCUAGACGAAAAUCUCCAGCAGAUAAAAUCCUCUCACCUGCAGGAUAUUUUCCAGGUUCUGCGUCGGAAUCAUAAACCCAUCCAGAUAAAUGUGAAACUACCCAAGUUCACCAUAAAAAAUUCGAUAUCCCUCGUGGAGCCAUUGAAAAAGCUUGGCGUAAAACGAAUCUUCGAAGACGACACCGCUCUGUCCGGAUUGUCCAAAUCUCCAACCAAGGUGGGGGACGUAAAGCAGGACGCGUUCCUAAGUGUAGACGAGAAGGGAACGACGGCGGCCGCUGUUACCAAAGUCACCAUCAUCCCACUGAGCCUGAACGCUUUCGAAGAUAUGACGUUCUACUGUGAUGAGCCUUUCAUGGUGAUGGUUGUUGACAAGACGAAGGAAAUUCCGCUGUUCAUGGCGAAGGUUCGACAGCCGCUCAAGACUAAAAAGGCGAAUAGAACAUAGUGCAUCAUACUGAUUAUACGGUUCAGUGAUUAUUAUACUCAAAACCAGACGUUGAAUAUAACGAGUAAUAAAUAGAAACGGCGAAGAUUGUUUUAGAAA